AUGGCCGCAGCAGGGUCCCAGCAGCUCCAGUUCUCAGAGGGCGCCCCUUUCCCCACCUUCCCGGUCGUGCACCCCGGAGGGCAGCUGCUCCCGGCCGCCCGCCCAGCCGCUGGGCUGCCCCCGGCGCACCCCGACUCCCGCGCCCCAGCGGCCACGCCGUGCUUUCCAAGCCGGGGCCCCAGGCCCGCAGCGCAGAGUCUCGCCGGCCUGGAUCCGCCCGGACCCUCCAAAGGCGCGGCCGCCCCGUCGGUGCCACAGCGCCGCAAGCGCACGUCCUUCAGCUCGGAGCAGCUGCAGUUGCUGGAGCUUGUCUUCCGACAGACUAUGUACCCCGACAUCCACUUGCGGGAGCGCCUGGCUGCGCUCACGCUGCUCCCCGAGUCUAGGAUCCAGCAGUGUUUUUCCUCCUGUCCCCAGGUGUGGUUCCAGAACAGACGGGCCAAGUCCAGGCGCCAGAGUGGGAAGUCAGCUCCGCUCUUAUCCUCAAGGCGGGAAGUCUUCCUCCAUCACCCUGCUCCUGGGACUGAAGCAAGGUGUUUGAAGCCUCAGCUGCCUCUGGAGGCAGAAGUGAACCCUGUUCCGGAUCUCAGUAUGGCUGGAGGAGGCGUCUGUACAGCUGGUUCUCAAAGUUUUGAAACUUACUCAUCUCUCUCUGAAGAUAGUGGCUCAAAGUUGGACUCUUGGGAGGAGCACAUCUUUUCUGCCUUAGGUAAUUUCUGA